GCGGCGCGCGGCGCGGGGGAGCUGUGUCCUCGCGCGGAGGCUGCUGCUGCUGAAACAAGAUGGCUGAGCGCGCAGGAGGAGCAGCGGAGGAGAGCUGAGGCAAUGCAGAGGAGGAGGCACCGGGGGACGAGGAAGACACUCCGGCCGACAGCGAGCAAACAGCCCCGCAGAGAAACACACCGAGCGCUCCCUGACAUGCCGCUGGCCCGUUUCCGCCGCCGUUUAGGGCUCGACUGUUUGAGUUUUUCGUAGUCAAGAGACCAACGGACGGACCAAACAAAUCACGGAGCUCUCAGUAGAGGACAGCCGGGGACGCUCACGCCGCUAUCAGAGAUGUCCCUGCUGUGUGUGGGAGUGAAGAAAGCCAAGCUGGAUGGACCCCAAGAGAAGUUCAACACAUAUGUGACUCUAAAGGUACAAAAUGUGAAGAGCACAACCAUCGCUGUCAGGGGCAACUUGCCCAGCUGGGAGCAAGACUUCAUGUUUGAAAUUAACCGCCUGGACCUAGGUCUGACAGUAGAGGUAUGGAACAAAGGGUUAAUCUGGGACACCAUGGUCGGCACUGUAUGGAUUCCCCUCCGUAGCAUCCGGCAGUCAAAUGAGGAAGGUCCAGGGGAGUGGCUCACACUGGACUCUCAAGUCAUCAUGGCUGAUAAUGAGAUCUGCGGCACCAAAGAUCCCACUCUCCACCUGGUGCUGCUCGAUACACGUUUCGAGCUGCCUCUAGAUAUCCCUGAGGAUGAGGCACGGUACUGGGCUAAAAAACUGGAGCAGCUCAAUGCCAUGAGGGACCAAGAUUAUUCAUACCAGGAGGAACAGGAACGUCCUCUCCGUGCACCAGGAACCCAGUGCUGUAACUGGAGUCUAUGGGGAGAUCAACAAAAUGAAGACCCUGAUAGUGCUGUGGAUGACAGAGACAGCGACUAUCGCAGUGAAACCAGUAACAGCAUCCCCCCUCCAUACUACAGCACAUCCCAGCCCAACGCCUCGGUCCACCAGUAUCCCAUUAGCCACCAGCACCGCAGCUCCAGAAGUUUCUCAUACCCACGAUCUGACAACAGCCACGACCUCGACUACCACCAUCAGAGAACUGUCAGCCCCACUGGGAGCUACGCAUCGUCUGCAGAGCUCAGCCGAUGCAGCAGUCAGCUUAGUGAGGAAGACUAUGGCGGUGAGUACGGAGAGAGGGACCCUUACGACGAGAAUGACUCCUACCACUCCUGCCACUCCUCAGUUAGCUACAGUAAAGGUUCUCCAGACUGGGACCCCGAUGAGACCCAGGGGGCGUACAGUGAUGAGGGCGGUUACAGCAAAGAUGGAGGAGAAGAGGCUGCUCUGUACGAGGGGGAUGAUGGAGGAUUGUAUGAGGGAGAAGAGGAAGGCCUCUAUGAGGACGAGGAGAUGAUGUAUGAUGAUGAGGAUCUGUACAAUUUGGAUGGGACCCUCAGUGAGGACAUGGAGCCUCCAUUCACUCCUACUCCUACAUCAACUGCCCCCCCAGCACUCGAUGCAUCUGGCUCUAGACCUCCUCUAGAGAAACAACCGUCCCUGCACCAACAGCAGCCUCCCAGUCAGCCCUCUAACCAAACAUCCAACCAGGCUCAUCCUCCAGGCAUGGCACCUACAGCACAGCCCCCUUCUGGUCAACAUGCAGCCCAACCGCCUAAACAACCCCAGCCCCAAACACAACCUCAGCCUCAGCCAGCCCCAUCCGCCACUUCUUUCUUCUCAAUGGCCAAACCUCUAACAGCUGCAGUUACAGGCCUGGCUUCUACUUUCCUGUCUUCUGUUCCCACUGCCCAGCCUGCCCAGUCUCAUCCUCCAGCCUCGGCUGUACCUCCGCAACACCAGUCUGCUACAGCCAACUCUGUCCCUCCAUCCCACCCAGCCACCUUGGCUAACUCAGCCACCCAGCCCCCUUCCACUGCCAUGGGCCCUUCCUCUCAGCAGCCGCCAUCCUCCACAUCACCUCAAUCCCAACUCAAUGAUCCUGCCACCACACAGUCAGCUGCUCUUGAGGACCAGGCUCCCCAGUUGGAGGAAGAGCCCUGGCUAGAAGAGGAAAGGAUGCUGGAGGAUGAGACCAGGACGCCCCCAGAUCAGCAUGAGGAGAAGAUUCCCAUGGAGCAGAAAGAGGAGCAUUUUGAAGAGAGCAGACCGCUGACGCCAGUAGAGGAAAUAGAGAUGCCACCUGAGAGUCCUCCAGUUGUAGAGGAGCCCAAAGAGCCAGUCGACCCAGCAGUCAGAGCCAAAGAGAACUGGCUCAGACUCUACAACAAGGUCUUAGAGCAGCUUCGGGAGGCUCGAGGAGAGACCUCCAGCUCGCUGUGGUUUGGUAAGGGAGGAAUGGGAGGUGCACUCUACAGUAUUGACAGCAUGCCUGACCUUCGCAAGAGGAAAGCCAUUCCUCUUGUCAGAGAUCUGGCGAUGUCUCUGGUGCAAAACUCACGCAAGGCUGGAAUCACCUCGGCGAUGGCUUCCACCACUCUGGGCAACGAGGAGCUGAAAAGCCACGUUUAUAAAAAGACCUUGCAGGCUCUGAUCUACCCCAUCUCCUCUACUACUCCACACAACUUUGAGGUGUGGACAGCCACCACCCCCACCUACUGCUAUGAGUGUGAGGGAUUGCUUUGGGGUAUCGCACGCCAAGGCAUGCGCUGCUCAGAGUGUGGCGUCAAAUGCCACGACAAGUGCCAGGAUCUCCUCAAUGCUGACUGUCUGCAGAGAGCUGCCGAGAAGAGCUCCAAGCAUGGAGCGGAGGAUCGGACCCAGAACAUCAUCAUGGUCCUGAAGGACCGCAUGAAGAUCAGAGAGCGGAAUAAGCCAGAGAUCUUUGAGCUAAUCCAGGAAGUAUUUGCUCUCGACAAAACAACACAUGGAACACAAAUGAAACAAAUCAAGCAGAGUGUGCUUGAUGGGACAUCUAAAUGGUCAGCGAAGAUCAGCAUCACAGUGGUGUGUGCUCAGGGCCUUCAGGCUAAAGACAAAACAGGCUCCAGUGACCCUUAUGUAACUGUUCAAGUUGGGAAGACGAAGAAGAGGACCAAAACCAUCUAUGGCAACCUCAACCCUGUCUGGGAAGAGAACUUCCACUUUGAAUGCCACAACUCAUCUGACCGCAUCAAGGUUCGUGUUUGGGAUGAGGAUGAUGACAUCAAGUCUCGAGUGAAACAGAGGUUCAAACGCGAGAGUGAUGACUUCCUGGGUCAAACCAUCAUCGAAGUCCGCACUCUGAGCGGAGAGAUGGAUGUUUGGUACAAUUUGGACAAAAGAACAGAUAAGUCUGCUGUUUCGGGAGCCAUCCGGAUGCACAUAAGUGUGGAGAUCAAAGGAGAGGAGACGGUGGCUCCUUACCACGUCCAGUACACCUGUCUGCAUGAGCAUCUAUUCCAGUACACUACCGAGGAGCAAAAUAGUGGUGUAGUAAAGAUUCCUGAUGCCAAAGGAGAUGACGCAUGGAAGGUGUACUUUGAGGAGACGGCUCAGGAGAUUGUGGAUGAGUUUGCCAUGAGAUACGGAGUAGAGUCCAUCUACCAGGCCAUGACCCACUUUGCCUGCUUGUCAUCUAAAUACAUGUGCCCAGGAGUGCCAGCUGUGAUGAGCACCCUACUGGCCAACAUCAAUGCUUACUACGCCCACACCACCCAGUCCUCCAACAAUGUUUCUGCCUCGGACAGAUUUGCUGCGUCAAACUUUGGCAAGGAGAGGUUUGUCAAACUGCUGGAUCAGCUGCACAAUUCCCUGAGGAUUGACUUGUCCAUGUAUCGGAAUAAUUUCCCUGCCAGCAGUCCAGAAAGGCUUCAAGACCUGAAGUCUACAGUUGACCUGCUGACUAGUAUCACCUUCUUUAGAAUGAAGGUCCAGGAGCUGCAGAGUCCCCCCAGGGCGAGUCAGGUGGUGAAGGAUUGUGUUAAAGCCUGUCUCAACUCCACCUACGAGUACAUUUUCAACAACUGCCAUGACCUCUACAACAGGGAAUAUCAGACAGAUCCUUCAAAAGCUGUUCCUCCAGAUGAGCAGGGUCCCAGCAUCAAAAACCUGGACUUCUGGUCGAAACUCAUCACCCUCAUCGUCUCCAUCAUAGAGGAGGACAAAAACUCAUACACUCCUUGCCUUAAUCAGUUUCCCCAGGAACUCAAUGUGGGCAAGAUCAGCGCUGAGGUCAUGUGGAACAUGUUUGCACAAGAUAUGAAAUAUGCCAUGGAGGAGCAUGAGAAGAACCGCCUGUGCAAAAGUGCAGAUUAUAUGAAUUUGCACUUCAAGGUUAAGUGGCUCUAUAAUGAGUACUGCAAGGAGCUGGUCACUUUCCAGAAGCAUGUACCUGAAUAUCCAGCGUGGUUUGAGCCAUUUGUCGUCAUGUGGUUGGACGAGAAUGAGGAAGUGUCCAGAGAUUUUCUCCAUGGAGCCCUAGAGAGGGACAAAAAAGAUGGGUUCCAGGUCACGUCAGAGCACGCUUUGUUCUCCUGCUCAGUGGUGGACGUGUUCUCUCAGCUCAACCAGAGCUUUGAAAUCAUUCGCAAACUCGAGUGUCCCGACCCUCAGAUUGUUGGCAACUACAUGAAGAGAUUCGCCAAGACCAUCGGAAAUGUUUUGCUGUCUUACGCUGACAUUAUAGCAAAGGACUUCCCAAAUCAUGUAAAGAAAGAGAAAGUGCCAUGUAUCAUAAUCAAUAACAUCCAGCAGCUCAGAGUUCAGCUGGAGAAGAUGUUUGAGGCCAUGGGAGGCAAAGAUCUCAAUGUGGAAGCCAGUGACUUCCUGAAGGAGCUGCAGAACAAACUGAACAACGUCAUGGACGACCUCAGCCGCAUCUUUGCUGUCAGUUUCCAGCCGCAGAUUGAGGAUAAUGUGAGGCAAAUGGGAGACAUCCUCGCCCAGGUCAAAGGUCAGACUGUUCCAGCCAACGGGAGUGUAGUUCAGGAGGCUGACAAUGUCCUGCAGCCCAUCAUGGACUUCCUGGACAGCAACUUGUCACUGUUUGCUAAGAUCUGUGAGAAGACAGUCCUGAAGAGAGUACUGAAGGAACUGUGGAAACUGGUGAUGAACACAAUGGAAAAAACAAUUGUGCUUCCAACUCUUACUGACCAGACGGGCACUCAGAUGAUCUUCAAUGCUGCUAAGGAGCUGGGUCAGCUCUCCAAAUUAAAGGAGCACAUGGGCCGAGAGGAGGCCAAAGCUCUGACUCCUAAACAGUGUGCAGUAAUAGAGCUGGCACUGGACACUAUUAAGCAAUACUUUCAUGCGGGUGGAGUGGGCCUGAAGAAAACGUUCUUAGAAAAGAGUCCGGAUCUGCAGUCUCUGCGCUAUGCCUUGUCGCUGUACACGCAGGCUACAGACAAGCUCAUCAGGAAGUUUGUCCUCUCACAGAACGCUCAGGUCCAUGGAGGGAAAGGGGUCAGGUACACGGCAAAUGAAGACACACCACCAGAGAAAGCAUCCGGAGUGGAUGCAGUCGGCGACGUAGUUAUGAAUGUGGAUAUUUUGCCUCAGCCUAAUGGAGAACACAAGAUCAGCGUCAAAGUGGUGGCAGCUAUUGACCUCAAAUGGAAAGCACAGGGCUUCAGGCCUUUCGUGGAAGUCUACAUCAUUGGGCCUCACCUCAGUGACAAGAAGAGGAAGUUUGCCACCAAGUCCAAGAACAACACCUGGUCACCAAAGUUCAGUGAAAGCUUCCAGUACUCGCUGGGCACUGAGGUUGGUCCAGAGAGCUACGAGCUGCAGGUGUGUGUGAAGGACUACUGCUUUGCCAGGGAGGACCGUACAGUGGGAAUGGCCGUGCUGCAGGUGAAGGACAUAGCCAGCAAGGGCAGCGUCACCUGCUGGCUGCCGCUGGGAAGACGCGUCCACAUGGACGAGACGGGCCUGACGGUGCUGCGCAUCCUCUCCCAGCGCAACAACGACGACGUGGCAAAAGAGUUCGUCAAGCUCAAGUCGGACCAGCGGUCGGCCGAAGAAGGUCGCAGCUGAGAGAGGAGGACGGCAGGAAACACGUGUGCACAAAAACACCAGAGACAUACCUGAUAGACAUAGUGUUAUGCACACAUAGUACACUCACCUACAUAGAUAGACAACCAUGUGCAAUGCACAAGCACACACUUAAAAAUGCUCUAUUGUACAUACAUCUGCAUACAUUAUGCAACAUUUACAUUGCAAUGUUAUCAAUGCAACAUGGAGGAAUAUGUUUAUAAAAAAACCUUCUUUAAUUUGGAAUCUUUCAACAGCUGCCCCACUCACAACUCUCAGUUCGGCCCCAUAUUAGCACCUCACUCACUCUUUCCUAUAACACGUCACACCUUUUCUAUAUUGUACAUUUAGAUGUACCGCAGAACAACCACAGACCCAUGUGAAUAGUUUGAGAACGACCACUUUGCACUUUUGCUUCUCUGCAUCUUCAGGAGAGCAGUCCUUGCCUAGCUGUGCUCUGUCCGUGCGUCCUUUUGUCCGCUUGCCUGCCUGACUGUGUGUCGUUCUUCCAGUCCGUCCGUCACCCCUCCACCCUUGUCGGUUGCUCUGCGUAGUCUUCCCACGGUGUGGUGUGUUGUGUAAGUUGGAGUUCAGACACAUAUCUAAGAUCAGCUGUUCCUUUUGCCCCAAAAAUCACAAAAUGAUAUAGAAAACACACACAAUACUGACCUUAGAUCAGUGUCCAGGGGCAGCAUCACUGCUAGUCUGUCCUGUAAUGUACAAACGUCCUGCAUGUUGACCCCAGGAACACUGUGAUUCACUUUGCUGUUACCAUGGCAACCAUUCCCCUCCCACGCAAAAGAUGGGUGCCUCCAAUAUUUUAUCUGUGUGAGCAUGGUGCAUUUAACCCUGGUACAAUAAGGUUUUAUGAAUAUGACCUGACUAACCUUCUGUCUCGUGGAGAAGACGCGCCGGCAGUAGAUCAAAGCUGAGCCUGGUGUGUGAUGUGUUUGUAGAGGCAACAGCCGUGGCCACAGUGUGCAUUUUUCAAACAUUUCUUGCUUCACAUCGCAACAAACGGAGCAAUACCCCAGCGUCUUACACCCCUAGAGUGCACAUUAACUCCAAAAAGGGCUACAGGAUCAGUGGACUGGGAUGUCACUUUACGCACUAAUACAUGCUCUCCACGCUUCUGUUGGCAAACUGACCACGAGGUCCCCCCACCCACAUCCACAUCCACCUGCUCGGUCAGAAAAACACACCACACGCUACGAUUCAGAAAGUCUAUCAUGAGUGACUCUGUGGAGGAACUGGAAAUAAAUCCUCACGAAGUCUGAAAGGACACACGAAGCUCGGUGGGUCGCCUGCACGUGUCUCAACCCAUCUAUUUAAGGCAAUAGCGGUUUGUUUGUGUGUUCUCUGAACCUUGUGGACAAACCCUCUGUGAACACUGCUGUGUCUUUUGUUGAUGUGUGUGUGCAUGUGUGAGGGUGUGUGUGUGUGUGUGUUGGGCUGAUUGUCACUACUGCAAAAUGGGCUCUGAGAUUGUGAGCAAUACAUUGAACCUACACACCCAAAAAUGUAUGCGCUGUCGAUACAACUACAGGAGCACCGGCUGCACUAUCCACACGUAGGAGGAAUGGGAAACUUAUGAUCACAUUUUUUUGUAAAGAUAUUUUAUUUAUGGACUCAUAAAAUUCCCAUUCCCUGUGGAAGUGUUGCAACCUUUUUCUCGUGUAUUUUGGACAAGAGAGGAAAGUGUUUUGUCGUUGGAAUUACUAUUUGCCUUUAGUAGGACCAAAUUUGCACGAACCAGAGCUCAUGUUUGUUUUUAUUUCCUCAAAGAAUGAAGCCAUCAGAGUCACCGCCAAGCAUUUAAGGUGUUCAUGUAUCCGUUUCAGUCAUGUGCGUUGAUUAACCCCUUUACCUCUCGCUUGGAAAAAGGUGAGCGAGCACUCACAGUCUUAGUCCAGCUCGUCUUGUAGUCUCUUUGUGAAUCUAAAUGAUGUCAGUGAGAGCGAGUAAACGCUGCAGGAAGCUUUCCUGUCGCUGCGUGGAGCGACAUCACUGCUGGACUGUCACAUGUUGUCUUUACUUAAUCCUGCUGAACGCUACCAAAAACACAUCUUCUGAAUGUUCUUUAUCCUCUCAGCAGGGCCUUCUUUCAAAGGGAUAGUCGCAUCCAGAACCAUGACUAGCUUGGGGAGACCGACUCAUGCCUUUUGAUUUAGGCCACCAAAUUUCACUUGAGACAUUAAAAUAAACGGAUCAUGCUUGAGUUUUGAGCGAACUGGCCUCGUUGCCAAAUCUUUGGCAACAUUUAAAGGAGAACUCCACUGAUUCUACACAUCAAAGUUGGUUUACAGAUCUUUGGGAGUGCUGAAAAAAACCUUGCAGAUGGAACAGUUUGAGAUGUGGUUCCUCUGUAGCUUCAGGCUGCAAUAACUACACAAAUCUCAGGCUGGAUUGUUGCAUUGUGGGUAAUGUAGGCAGCAAGGAUAAAUAAUGUGUGCAAUAAAAAAACAGACAAAAUUCUCUGGCUCUGCUGCAUCUGCUUUGAUGUGGCUUUACUUCUACCCAUCCAUUAGAAGUUUAAUAACAAGUGUGAUACUUAAUCAGCGGAGUGCUCCUUUAACACAGUUACACAACGUUGUGUGUUGUUGUUAGUGCUCAAGACAAAACUGUCAGAUUGUAGCUGGAAAAAGCAACAAAAAGUAACCGAUCAUCCAGUUUUGGGCUCGUUGGCUGCCUGCUUCAUGUAUGUACGUGCACAUACGGACGCCACUGCACACAUGCACACACGCCCACACACACAUCUACACACACCGACCUCUGCUCAAGCACAAAAGGGUACAUGUAAGACGUGAGACACACAUGUAAGACACACAUGCAUGCAUGCACGCCGACACAACUCCGUGGAGACCAAUGAUGCCCACCUUGUGAAUAGAAUCAACUACAAAUGCAUGAUGGGAAACUUUAUUGUGCCAGCACGUGUCUCUUUGAUGUUACUUGACUUUUGUUUUUCUUUUUUGACUCGUUUUUACUUUCUACAGCUACGUAAUAAUUCAUCAAUGUUCUUUUUGUUUUUCAAAAACGGCUUGUGAAUACGUCAUCUGUAACCAAUAUGAAUGUAGUGUGAACACAGAACUCGCAUGAGAGAAUUAUUUUCUACUAAGGAUGUUUCUAAUUUUUUUCUUAUCAUUAUUGAUUGUUCUUUAAUGAGGAUGAAGUGGAACUGGAAUGCAGCCUGAUUGUGAUCUGCUUCCUAUUAAAAGGACAUUCAUGUCACGACC